AUGUCGCAAGAACAAAAUGGCAUAUCGCCUUCACAGCACCCAUGCGAUAUCGAAGCAUGGAGCAUCCCAGACCCUCAGAAGCCUGACGGCAAUGCAGCCACUGCAGGUCCAACUUCAGCAUUCCAACAGCUAGCUAUCCUCGAUCGCUUCCUCGCCGUCUGGAUCUUCUUGGCCAUGGCGAUCGGCAUCAUCUUGGGUAAUUUUGUUCCCAACACCAGCAGAGCUUUGGACAAGGGAAGAUUCGUGGGCGUGUCAGUGCCGAUAGCUAUCGGCCUCUUGGUCAUGAUGUACCCCAUCCUCUGUAAAGUCCGAUUCGAGACUCUACACCGAUCGUUUCGCGAGAAAGAUCUCUGGAUACAGGUUGCAUUCAGUGUCGUGUUCAACUGGAUCAUAGCACCUCUGUUCAUGCUCGGUCUAUCAUGGGCUUUUCUUCCGGACGAGAGAGGCCUCCGCGAAGGGCUUAUCCUGGUCGGUAUCGCGCGGUGUAUUGCAAUGGUUCUCAUUUGGACCGGCCUGGCGGGUGGAGAUGGUGAAUACUGCGCAAUUUUGGUUGCAAUUAAUUCGGUUUUGCAGAUGGUCCUCUUCGCGCCAAUUGCGAUUCUGUUCAUUCGCGUCAUUGGGAACUCGGAGGGCCUGACGAUUGAGUAUUCGUUGGCUGCGAAAAGUGUCGGCGUCUUUCUGGGGAUACCAUUAGGAGCCGCCAUCGUGACCCGUUUCACUUUGAGAUUCCUCAUCGGGAAGGAAUGGUAUGAUCAGACCUUCCUGAAACUGAUCAGUCCGCUAUCGUUGAUCGGCCUCCUUUUCACCAUCUUGGUCUUGUUUGCCUCACAGGGCAGGCAGGUCGUUCAUCAGAUCGUAUCAGUCAUCCGAGUCGCCGCUCCGCUCAUCGUGUAUUUCUCCGUCAUAUUUAUCGUCACUCUGUUGAUAGCGCGCCGCCUGGGCUUCGGGUAUAAAUUGUCAUGCACACAAAGCUUUACAGCGGCGAGUAAUAACUUCGAGCUCGCAAUCGCGGUGGCAAUCGCGACUUUUGGCGUCGACAGUGAUCAAGCUCUGGCCGCGACUGUUGGUCCGCUAGUCGAGGUGCCGGUCCUUCUGGCGUUGGUAUAUGUUGUCAAGUGGUUUGCUCGGCGACAGCAGUGGCAGUGA